AGUGCUUGAAAGCUGAAGCGUGGUGAAAGCUGGGCAUCACUGAGCUGCUCCAAAAUAUAUACACACACUCAGACGUACUGUCACACACACACACGCGAACACCAGCUCUUACAACAGAACACUUGCCGAAACCCAACCAUGCACAGUUGCUCUUAGUUUAGGUCAAAGAGCUCUGCAAACUCGCUUGUCUUGCUUUAGUUUUUGCCAUGGCUGAGCAGCGGCAGCGGCAGCUGGUCGACUUCGACCCGGACUUCGAGCCUCUUUCCCGCCCGCGCUCCUGCACUUGGCCGCUUCAGAGGCCGGAGCUCGCGGAGCCGGGUGGUUCCAGCACAUCUUCUCCGGCGCCUUCUGUCAAGCAGGAGCCGGGCAAUGUGGACUUUAUCAGCAGCCUGAGCCUGCUGGAGGAGACUGAGGACUACCCAGAGGAAGGGAAAGGGUUUGUCCCAUGCAGCGGCUUCCAGUGUCCGGACGGCUGCGUCCACCAGCAGCCCCAGCAGAGCCAGCAGCAGCAGAGUCCCAGACUGGUUCAGCAGCAACAGGUGCCUCUCCCCGGCCAGAGGAAGAGCAGUUCCUCGCGGAGGAACGCCUGGGGCAACAUGAGCUACGCGGAUUUGAUCACCAGGGCCAUCGAAAGCUCUCCCGAGAAGCGCCUCACACUUAGUCAGAUCUACGAGUGGAUGGUGAAGAGUGUGCCUUACUUUAGGGACAAGGGAGACAGCAACAGCUCAGCAGGAUGGAAGAACUCUAUCCGUCACAACCUGUCACUGCACAGUCGUUUUGUGCGUGUGCAAAAUGAGGGAACGGGAAAGAGUUCAUGGUGGAUGCUGAACCCUGAUGGAGGAAAGAGCGGCAAAUCCCCUCGCCGCAGAGCCGCCUCCAUGGACAACAACAGCAAGUUUGCCAAGAGUCGCGGCCGUGCCGCUAAGAAGAAGAUGUCUCUUCAGGCUGGUUUAGACGCUGGCUCUAACAGUCCAGGCUCUCAGUACUCGAAAUGGCUUGGCAGCCCAAACUCCCACAGCAACGACGAUUUUGAGGCCUGGACCACCUUUCGAACGCGGGCCAGCUCAGAUGCCAGCACACUUAGUGGCCGCCGGUCACCAUAUCUGGCUGAGGAAGACGUGAGUGAGGAAGGGGAAAUCCACAUGGGGUACCUGGGCACACCUGGAACCAAACUUGGGGGUACUCUACCGAGCCUGUCUGAAGUGGCUGGGUCACUGGGUCACCAUGGAUCCUCCAAAAAUGUAAUGAUGGAGAAUCUUCUUGAUAACCUUAACCUGCUUUCACCCAAAAACAACACUCAGGGUGGUCAAGAGAGCCAAAACCAACCAGGAGGUUCUGGGUAUUCACCCUAUAACUCAAGUGGACUUGGUGCCCAGCCUCAAAGCCAGCCAGACUUUCGAAAGUGGCCAAUGUCCAUUCAGACUCUCUCAGACCGCAAGCCCAGAGGUUUUGGACACUUCAUGGGCCAGUAUAAUUGCCCCACAGGGCUUUUAAAGGAGCUCUUGACCACUGAGCCAGACCCAAGAGGCAACAUUCUGUCCCCUAUGGAGGGAUCACAAAGUGCUGUAUUGCCCCCAUAUAGUGCCCAUGGGCAGUUAGGGCAAGGGGGAAAACUGACUGCCCCCCACGCGCAAACACACGGUCACCCAAACACACACCCAAGAUCCAUACACCCUCAGUUGCCCUCCACAACAGUAAGUAUAAACGGUUGCGGACUUCUGCCCUUGGGGCAUCCCAUUCGCCAUGGCAGUGUGAAGCCAUACUCUCACCUGACCCAUGGACAAGCACCUCACCAUGGUGAAGACAGAGGGGGUGCAGCCGUGGACACAACAGCACCCCCAAGUUACUGUAAUGUCAAUGGCAACGGUUACCACAGAAGCGUUCCAGGCCAGCAUCAUCACCACCACCACCACCACCACCAUAGUCACCUGGAACGAUUGCCUAGUGACCUGGACGAUAUGUCCAUCGAGAGGCUGGAGUGCGACGUGGAGACAGUCCUGCAUGACACGCUGAUGGAUGGUGAUGCACUGGACUUCAACUUUGACCCUAUGUCCAGUCAGCAGGCAUACUCGCACACAGGGGUUGCGCAGGGGGUCAAGACUACCACACACAGCUGGGUGUCUGGAUGAACACACACAUAAUGUACACACACAGACUUGACCUGGUUGUAAAUGUGCUUUACUCUAGGAAAGAGAUGAGCAAGACAUUGGGCAUACACUGUGAUGUAUGAAGCCUUAUUAAUUAUGUGAGUGUACAGAAGUGCUGGGCGAUCUUGAUAAAACUUAAUAUCAUUAUAUUUCUCAAACAUAUCAUGGCAUCAGAUAAAAAAAUGAUUUAAAUUAAUCAUUUAAAUUAAUACUUUUAACCAUUUAUAUCUAAUGCCUAAACAUUAAGUCUUUGUCCCUUUUAACUGACUUUUAUCUCCCCCAAAUUCAUUUUGCUAAUGCUUUCUUUUUAAACAAUGCUAGCUUUCUCUGUGCAAUUGGGUUUCUGUCACUGUAGAAAAGAAGCUGCCAUCGCCUUUGUUGAAUGCGCUGUCAAGUGUUUUUGUCCUUUUCUGUUACUUUGUUUUAAAACAACCUUAAACAGUAUUGUAAACCCUUUUAAUUUUCAAAAAGGAAACUAUUUAUUUUAUUUUAUUAAUUGUAAUGCUUAAUGCAAUGCAAUUCUUUAUAUAAUUUAUAUUGCUAGUCAUUAAAAAAAUUGUAUAUCCAUACAUAAUACAUCGCCUAGCACUGGUAUACAGUAUAUCUAGAAAGUCUACUGGAAAAUUUGAGAUUAUAUACACAUUAGAAAACAUAAGAAUAUAAGCAAAGUGUUGAGUUGGAGAAUGAUAGUUUUACAUCUCCCAUGAUCCUACUUUACUUUUCGUAUACAUGCUGGAGCUCAUAGGGUAAAUACCAGGCAGAUUCUCUCAUCAUCAGUGAAAACAACUGUAGCUAAAGUGUGUCUUUUGUUAUUUCUCUAUUAUAUGUUUUUUAUUAUAAUUUUUACUAAUUGAAACAUUUACUGUUUGGUUUGGUGUGAGGAAAAAAAACAUAUUUUGGGAUUUUAAAUCUGGAUUUUCUAAAACUAUGAAGAUUACAAGCUCGUUGCUACACAAGCACAAUGUCACCAGCAUAAUGCUAAUAUAAUUUGGUGUUGUUUAUAUUUCACUCCAAAAGCAGAACAAGUCUGGGGUUAAACUCUGUUGACACUCACAACUCAAUGUCCCGAACUGUUAACAGUCAGAAUUAUGCAGGCAAAAAAUGUAAUGUAAUAUCAUUACAUAGCACAGGUAUGAUCAGGUCUAUCAGUCAAAUACAAUAAAUAAAGAGUGUAUACUUGUAACAAAUGUAAUCUUGAAGCAGAAUUUGUUUUUCACAAUCAGUGCAAAAAAAAAAAACGUUGAUGUUGUCAUUCCUUGUUGUUUUGUGAACUUGUUAAAGAACUUAUAAAAUAAGUGUCUGCCUCAGUGUUAGCCCCAGUAUUAGCUUUAGCAUUAGCAUGGUGACAGGACUGCUUUCUCAGCUCAAACCUCCUCCUUAUUUGAAAUGAAAAUGUGCUACCCUCACAUGACUAAAAGUUUUCGCUUGUCUGUUUAAUGUUUAAGUGCUUGCACAAAGAAUAUUACCAGGUAGCCUGAGCUGGACUGGACUUUAUUAGCUAAAAUUUUGCUAUUGGUCAGAUGGUGACAAACUAGCUGUUGUUAGCCGCUUUAGCAUUUUAGGAAGUUCCUUUAAAGGCAACUUUUGUUACCUAAACACAAACUUUAACCAUCCCUGACAUAUAAAGCACAUUUGAAUAACAAUAGUUAGAAGAAUAAGAAAAAUGAUAAUAUAUUAGGGAAACAAUUCAGUCAUAUUUGAUAUAUUUAAUUUUUUAUCGAGUGGUCAGUGUGCCUCUAAAAACAGGUAAAAUCUUUUUGUAAUUAUAUAUUAAUAUUUUAAAAUUUAGACUACAUAUUUUCAAAAAUAUUUAAAAACUGACAUGCAGUGCCCCUCCAUUGGGUCACAUUUACAUUUCAUGCAUUUAAGCAUAUAUUGUUUUGUAUAGAGAUGUAUAUUUUUGUUGUAUAUAAUGCAUUGUUAUACAGUGUGUGUAUUUCAGUGUCUUACUGGUUUUGGUUUAAAAACUCUGAAGCUUUUUUUGUUCUACUUUUAAAAUCACCUGACAGCCUUUCGUGUGUGUUUUUCUAUUGAAAAAAUUGUAACCUUUUUUUAAACAGUACAGUCUUUACAGCAGGAAUGUCCAGCUGAAAUUUUUCUUUGGGCUUUUUCUGGACAUUACAAUCACCUGAAUGUAUUAACCCAUAACUCUCUGAAGCUGUAUGGUGUGCCUUUUAGCUGCAAGCUUUUCUCUCUCAGUUUUGAAACUGUUUUUUUCCACUUAGUUGAUAGACAGUAUCUUAAAGGACUGCUUUAGCACUGUGUAGGAUAUGAUUGAUUACCAUAGACUAUACAUUUCCUACACUUACAGAGACCAGUAAACACACUUGUUUGAAACACAGAAUAGAAAUAAAAGGUGCUAAAGUAAGGGCCUAUUGACUUCUAUAAUAAGUAUGAUUUGAGUCAAAAAGUGUCUUAAGCUAUGGCCCAUUUAUGAAUUGUAAGUUGUAAAUCCAGCAGGCCUUGUGGUUGUUCCUGAUAUGCAGUAGCCAGUACCUAAAAAACAAACUCUGAGAACGAACAAUAGUUGAUCUUGUGAUAGGGUCAUGGUUGUUUAAGACUCGUUAUCCCAUCUCACAUCUUACAAGAGGUGAAGCAGCUGCACUAUUAUAUAUGUGUUUUAGUCUGUGGCUAUUUUAUUAUUUUCUAAAAAGAAAAAAACCUGUCAGCAUUUUUGUUUGUGGUGAUCGAUUGUGCACUGCAGUAAGUGUUACACUUACGUCCUGGAAACAGCUCUAAUAUCUCUUUUUCAGAGCAAGCAGCCUUUUAUAUCUUUUCAUAAUGCUGUUAUUGUCCUUUCUGUACAGUAAAAUCUGUAUACAUUCAGGUGUACACACAUUUCUCUGAAGUUACAUAGUUCCUGUUUGGGCUUUUCGAACGGCUGAGGGAUUCUUGGGGAUAAUUUACAAUCAAAACGAUGAAGAAACACCAUGAAGGUUUUAUAAUGUUGUCUCUGGACUUUAUAUAAAAUAUCUAUUUUCAAAGUGUAUGUUAUGAAUUGUUUCUUCAUUGUAAAACUGGAAGUUUUUUCAUCUAUUUAUUCUUGAAUAUGUUUUUGAAUAUUAAUCUAAAGCUUUGAGUUACUCCUGUGGUAGUUUAGCACUUCCUGCUGAGUUUAUGUGGCAUAGGGCAGCGUAUUGGUGUUUAUUUCUCAUGUGUAAAUAGUACUAAUUUGUGUUUAUUGUGUUUAUGUGAAUCCAGUAAUGUCACAUGCUGUUGUAUACUUUUCCAUUAUUUUUUUUAUGAUGUUUUAUGUCUUUUAUGAUGCUGGUUGUAAUUGUGUGUAGAUUUGUCUGAUGUUACUGAAAUAACUGGCCUGAAUUUAAGGCUUUACUACCUGACCUUUCACAGCGUUUGUAUAAGAAACACGUUAUCAUGCAAAACCACAUUGAGAGCUGCUCUAUUACAGAGCUUUUCCCCAGUGGAGAAAGUGCCUGCAGUACUGUAGAUUAUUAACAUCAGUGAAGAAUGCUGAAUUCUAAUUUAACCCAGACAAUUUACAAAUGUUAUGUGAAGCCAUAAGUGUACAUAAAUUAUCUCCUGAAGAACAGAAA